AAAAAUCCAAAAAAAGAAAAGAAAACUAACCAGGCAUUUCAUCGAGCGAGCGAGCGAGCGAGCGAGCAUGUCAUCGGCACUCCGGUACUGGUUCGCCGAGCAUCCGGCGAUCGUCUCCUUCCGGUGGAGCCACGCCGCUUCCUUCGGCUCAACCUGGUCAUUCCUCUUCUCCUCCAUCGCCAUCUACCUCAUCACCUCCCUCUUCCUUCAUCUCACCCUCUCCCUCUUCGGCCGGCGACGUCCGAUCCCUCUCGGCCCACUCCCAGCCAUCCACUCUCUCGCCAUGGUCUUCGUCUCCGCCACCAUCUUCCUCGGUCUCCUCCUCUCCUCCUUGGCCGAGAUCCGCGACACGCGCUGGUUCUGGCGCCGAUCCAAAACCCCUCUUCAAUGGCUCCUCUGUUUCCCUCUCGGCACUCGCCCAACCGGCCGGGUCUUCUUCUGGUCCUACGCCUUCUAUCUCUCUCGAUUCCUCCAUCUCCUCCGCACCUUCAUCUCCAUCCUCCGCCGUCGCCGCCUCACCUUCUCUCGUCUCCUCAACCACUCAAUCCAUCUCUGCAUGUCCUUUCUCUGGCUCGAAUUCUCCCAAUCUUUCCAAGUCCUCGCUAUCCUCUCCUCCACCCUCGCCUACAUCGUCGUCUUCGGCUAUCGAUUCUGGGUCGGCACCGGAUCUUGUUGUUUCCCCGUCGUGCUCGCUUCACAGAUCGCGUUGCUGGGUUGCAAUCUCGCUUGUCAUCUCGGCGUUCUUCUCCUUCAUUUCUGGAAAGGAGGUUGCAAUGGGAUCGGUGCUUGGGUCUUCAACUCUGUCCUCAAUGCUGCCCUUCUUCUCGUCUUCUUGAAUUGCUAUGUCCGAAGGAUCAUGGCGAAGGGGAAACGCUUCUCUUUGGAUGAGGAUUGCCCUAGUCUCCAUUGCCGACCUUCAUCGGAGUCGGAGCUCCUCCAACCGUCUCCUUCUCCGCUCAAAAAGGACCAAUGAAAAAGUAAUAGUAAUUUUA